GAUUUUUCUCGCCUUCCUUGGAGAUGCUUGUGCUUUGGAGGGGAAGGCAGAGCAUUGCCUCUUGGAACAAAUCUGCUUUUGAUCAUGCAAAUUAAUGCCCGGUUAAUGUAGGCAGACUGUCAAUUUCACCAGUUAGGGAGAGAGAGAGAGAGAGAGAGAGAGAGAGAAGAGAGGGAAAAAUCCCCACCACGGCAACUGAUGAAGAAUUUCAACAGAAAGCUGCUACUUCAGAAAAUAAGAUUGUUCUCUGCGAACAGAGCCUUUCCAGGCAUCUCAGGCAGCGCUGAUGUUCCACGGAGAGAAGUCUGCUCGGUGCCGUUGCUGAAAACAGGAACCUGCCUUCUGCAAGCCUUUCUUGUUUCUAGCAGAGGAAGUUGCAACUGGUUUAGCAACUGCGCUUCUUGACAGCAUGGGUUCCUCAGCACCCGCGCGAGGCUCACUCUGCCGCAGAAGCGGCCGCUGAUGGAGAGGUGGUGACGGUGCUCCUGGCAGCCCUUCUUCAGCUACUCCCAGGGGAGACCAUGCCCAGCUGUUGAAGAGGGCUCGUGGCUCACUCUCCGUGUGGAUCCCCUGAGCCGUUGGCUUCGAGUGGCUUCGACAGCCCGGGGAGAGAGAGAAAUGGGAAACAGCAUGCGAUCUACCCCGGCGCCUCCCGAGAGGCCUCCGCCUAGCCCAGAGGGAGUGGACAGCGACUUCCUGGCCGUGCUGAGUGACUACCCGUCUCCUGACAUCAGCCCCCCGAUAUUCCGCCGUGGGGAGAAACUGCGUGUGAUUUCUGAUGAAGGGGGCUGGUGGAAAGCCAUUUCCCUUAGCACUGGUCGAGAGAGCUACAUUCCUGGAAUAUGUGUGGCCAGAGUUUACCAUGGCUGGCUGUUUGAAGGGCUGGGCAGAGACAAAGCUGAGGAGCUACUGCAGCUGCCAGACACGAAGAUCGGCUCCUUCAUGAUCCGGGAGAGUGAGACCAAGAGAGGUUUUUAUUCGCUCUCGGUUAGGCACCGGCAGGUGAAGCAUUACCGCAUCUUCCGUCUGCCGAACAACUGGUAUUACAUUUCCCCGAGGCUCACCUUCCAGUGCCUGGAGGACCUGGUGAACCACUAUUCUGAGGUGGCCGACGGCCUCUGCUGUGUGCUGACCACGCCCUGCCUCACUCAGACCACGGCUGCCCCAGCAGCGAGGGCCCCCGACGCACCCGUCACCUUGCGCCAGAAGACCUUCGACUGGAAGAGGGUGUCCAGACGGCAAGAUGACCCGGAGGGGGCUGAGAACCCACUCAGUGUGGACGAGUCCCUUUUCAGCUACGGCCUUCGGGAAAGCAUCGCCUCCUACCUGUCCCUGACCGGGGAUGACAGCACCUCCUUCGAUCGAAAGAAGAAAAGCGUCUCUUUGAUGUACAGUGGAAGCAAAAGAAAGAGCUCUUUCUUCUCGUCGACGCCGUACUUUGAAGACUAGCCCGAGAACAGACCCCGUGGUGUUUGCCCAAAAUAACAGAGGUUCAAACUGUCACCUGGGAUCUUGCAGAGAGGCACGGUUUCCUGGUCCCUGGGGAACGCCACAUCUUCCAGAAGCCAAGAGAAGCCACAUGGAGAAUUGAACUCUCAUCUUCUCUAUCUGCGUCAUGACAAAGGGAACCCCUCCCUGGCAUCUGAUCAGACACAUUGCAAAAUGUGGACUCCUGGCAUCUUCGGGCGAGGGUUCAGGAGAGCCCUGCGUGUGUGCAUGUGCACGCCGCACUUGUGGGAAAGACAAAGACGCUCUCUCACAGGAACGUGCCCAACCAAGGACCGCUCUCCAACACGCCGCCCAGGUGGGCUCACUCUGAGGUCACUGAAGAAAACUUCUGAAUGAGAAAAGCCUGAGAAGAAGAUGAGCCAGAAACUGUGGGCUGGCAGAAAGUCUGGGUUUGCAAAUUGAUCUCCUGCAUUGAACUUGUGUAACCGAUCUGCAAAGAGACCUCUGGGAUACAUCUCCUCUCUUUUUAAGGGAGUUCAGUGACACUAAACGCUAACCUUCCUUACGAGCCCUGAAUGGGGCGAUCCUGGGCUACUCGUUCCAAAGGUACGUGUGCAGAAGUCAGAUGGUCUCCCUACUUCUGCUGAGACCACGAGUGAUGGGAGAGGGGUGGCUGCUGCUGGGGGAAGCACGAGGGCAGGCCUGGCUCCGCGCAAGAUUUCAUGAGGUCUCCAACCACGGCUUCACGGCACAGAAAGAGCUGCUCUGGGAUGCUGAGAUUCUUGUCUAUAUUAAUGCGUCAGUUACUCAUUCAUGAUAGUGACUGCCAGAAGCGGCACUGUGUUAAGUUCUGUGUAAGGUGUCAGGUCAAAAAUAUGUAUAUGUGUGUGUGUGUGUGUGUGUGUGUGUGUGUGUGCGCGCGUGUGUGUGUGUAGAGAGAGAGAGAAAGAGAGAGAGAGAGAGGCCCCAGCAGUGCAGACAGGGAGAAAAGUGUAUAAACAAAUAUUGUGAAAGGGGGCUGUAAAGGAGAAAUCAGCUCACAGCUUCGGGUGGGAGUGGGGUCAGGUAAGGGUGACCCAGGAGCUCAUGUUUCAGCUGGAUCUUUAAACAGUGGAAGGGUUGGUUGGACUGGAUAAGUGAGAAUGGUUGGAUUUUUUGAAAAAAGGAAACUGAUAAGUUCUAAAGGAAUAACGCGUCCAAUUUCUUAUUCUAAAAAAAGUCCGGCAGGCACAUGAAUAAAAAUGCUCAGCUCCAGAAAAGAUGGGAAUUGGAGUGGCUUGAUUCUGUCAAACAUAAUUUUAAGAGAUGAGAGAGAAAACAUAGCAAAGUUCUAGAGCAGGAGGAGCCUUUAUCUCCAGAUCCUGUUAGGAAGGGGGCUGCAGGUGUCGCCAUGACCCAUUUUCCCAGUUGCAAAGGGAUUCGGGGGAGGAGGGGCGCUGCCAACAGGAAAGGUUUGUCCGUCCAGUAUAUCUACAUUCUGUCCAUCUGAGAUCACUGCGCUGGUGGUGUGUGCACACGCGCUUACAUGAUUUUCUGUAUCAUCAGAUUCCAGUGUGUUUAUCCAAGAAGACACUUGUGGUUUCCUCAGCAUUCCCCAAAGGCUGUUUCUAUAGAGCCAGCCAAUGUAUGGGAAAGGAAUGUAACUCUGGGGACACCGACUUGCGCCAUAAGACAGGGUGACCUGGUGAACUCCUGUGUGUACAGCGUCUUCUGUAUUGUUUUCUGUUCUGACUGACGUGGUUGGAACAUUUGGGGAGUAGGCGGAGGGAUUUCUAAGUGGGAAGCAUUACACUUUGCUAAAUCAUGUAUGUAUUCCUGAUUAAA